UCAAAUCCCAAAAAUGCCAUGGUUAACUGGUUGUUGUGCUGUGUCCCUACAAUAUCAUUUUAUUGACUAAAGAACAAUAAAAUCUUGAUUGGGAUUUGUUAAGCCCUCCUUUGAUUGAGGACAAACAGACCCAUUUUUCUACUCCAAUUUUAACACAUCAAUACUUUUGCUCUUAUUAUUAUCCAUCUGAUUCCUUUUUGGUUCAACUUCUUUAGAGAAACAUGCUCAACUACUUUGUGUCAUGGGGCCAUUGCAAAUAUUCAUAUUCCACACAACCAACAAUCAAAGAAAAUACCCCAUUUGCUAGAAAGGGCUAUAGCUAAACCUCCAAGUGAAGGGUUUUUCUCUGCUGAGUAAAACAUCUCCAAUGGGUUCUGCAGACUGGCUUAAGAAUGUAAUCGGUAUGAGAAAAGCAAAGGAUGGGAGAUCGAAAAAAUUAAAGGGAACAAAAGCGAGCAAAAAGUCUAAUGGAUGCAAAGGAGAUGAUCCCCUUCAGAAAGAGCCUUCUAAAAUAACCAAUGGUGACUUGAUCAAGAAUCAGAGAGAACUGGGAAUGCCUAUUGAGGACAGAGCAGCUAUUAAGAUUCAGACAGCAUUCCGUGCUUAUCUGGCUAGGAAAACUUUACGUCGACUGAAAGGAAAUACAAGGUUACAGUCCCUGACACAACGUCCUUCAGUGAAAAAACAAGCUUCAUCAGCUUUGAACUAUAUCCGUUCAUGGAACACGAUGCAAACUGAGAUUAGAGCUCGCCGUGCCCAUAUGGUAAUGGAAGGGCAUCUUAAGCAGAAGAAGCAGGAGAAUCAAUUGAAGUUAGAGGCAAAGCUUCAAAAUGUAGAGAUAGAAUGGAGUGGUGGCCCCCAAACAAUGGAAGUUAUUGUAGCAAGGAUUCACCAGAGAGAAGAAGCAGCUAUGAAACGAGAGCGAGCUAUGGCCUAUGCAUUUUCUCAUCAGUGGAGGGCCAAUUCCAACCCAGUAUUUGGAUCUGGAAAUAAUGAAAUGGGCAAAGCUAAUUGGGGCUGGAGCUGGACAGAUCGCUGGGUUGCUGCUCGACCAUGGGAAAGCCGAGUUCCUGUCCACGCAAGUCCAAAGAAAGUCAACGAUAAAGCAAGCAAGACCACUAAAAGUACUACUAGCCCGACAAAGAAAACACCAGUUUCUGUUAAAUUAAUUUCUCCCAAUGCGAAAGGGACUGUAAAAGCUAAAAAGUCUAAUGAAGUAGCUGCACAAAAAGUGAGAAGCAAAGUUAAGGAGGCUGGCAGUGAAAAGCAAGAGGUGGAAGUAGAAGCUAACUGAAAAGUAUAAGACGUUGAAGCCAAGACACUUCAGUUUUUGUGUAUUGCUGAUGAUGGGGGUGAAAGAAAAACUUGUAAAUUUAAUCACCGGGCCUGCGUUGAUGUAUGUAGAGUGCUUUGUCUGAUCAUUUUCUUUAUUUUUCCAAAUUCCUCUUACCAUAUGUUUAUAUGAGAUGUUAAGUUAUUCAUAGGUUAAAAUAUGUUUAGAUGCCAUAUCUCAUUCAAGAGCAUUUUAUGUUAUAGCUUUGAGUGCCCAGAAUGUUCUGUUCCUGUGUCUAUUUAUCAAUUGGCAUGAAUUCCUUUGCCCAGAAAA